UCGCGAUUAUUCCGUCUCGCGGUCUCGCUCACUCAUGUCAUCAGACAUGGCGGUAUCCGUGGCGGUGAAAGAUGUGAACACUUUUCUCAGUCAGAAACAAAAUGUUUCCGACAAGGAAUUGGCCGGAGAAUGGUCUCAGCUCGAGGAGCUGUAUAGUAAAAGGCUUUGGCAUCAGCUGACGCUGAAAUUGGAGACGUUUGUGAAAAAUCCGACGCUCCAGCAGGGAGAUAAUCUCGUGCAACUGUAUGUUAACUUCCUAUCGACCUUUGAAAACAAAAUAAAUCCAUUGUCAUUGGUGGAAAUAUUGGCACAUGUGAUACAACAAUUUCAAGACAAACAAGAGGCAAUUAAAUUCUUAGAGAAAACUGAAACUAAAGUCCAGAGUAACAAUGAAGCUAUUGCCCUCUGUAAGGUUCUCAAAGGACAGAUUUUAUUGGAUAAAUUGAAUAAUCAAGAGCAAGCAAAAAAGAUUAUAGAAGACGUAGAAGCUAUGCUAGAUAAUGCCGAUGGUGUUACAACAGUUCAUGGACGUUUUUACCUUUUAGCCAGCCGGCUAUAUAGAUUACAAGGCAAACAUGCAGAGUAUUAUCGUACAGCAUUAAGAUAUCUAGGUUGCAUUGAACUGAGCAGCUUGAGCAGGCAAGAGCAAGAACAACACGCCUUCUUUCUUGGUCUAGCAGCACUCUUAGGCGAAGGGGUUUAUAAUCUUGGGGAACUGCUGGCACAUCCAGUCCUAGAAUCGUUAAAGGGCACACCUAACAAUUGGCUCGUUGAUUUGUUGCAAGCCUUCAAUGCUGGUGAUAUCGUCGCGUUGGAGAGAUUGAAGCCGCAAUGGAGUAAAGUGGCUGAUCUAGCUGCGCAGGAAUUAAAAUUGAGACAAAAGAUCUCCCUGCUGUGCCUCAUGGAAAUGACUUUCAAACGGCAAGCCAACAAUCGACAGCUGACAUUUGCGGAGAUCUCUCAGGAGACGCGUCUGCCUCUCGGUGAAGUGGAAUUGUUAGUGAUGAAAGCUCUCGCUCAGGGUCUCGUUCGAGGUGCCAUAGAUCAGGUAGCAGGUACCGUCAACAUGACUUGGGUGCAGCCGCGCGUUCUAGAUCGCAGCCAAAUUGCCGGGAUGGUACAACGUCUCGAUGGAUGGUGCAAAGAUGUUAGUUCGAUGGAGAAACUUUUGGAGUCUAGGGCCUCUGAAAUUCUUACUCUUUGAGAAAGAUUUGUUGCGUGGAUCAUCUUAUUAUUAAUCUGUUAUAUUACAGUGGAACGUUGAGAUUCACGCACUUACGAUUAUAAAAUCAGUUUCCUAACAUCAAUAAAUAUGAAAAAUUAUUUCGUAUAUUUGCAUUUAUACGCAAA